AUGUCGCGACCGAAGAAUCAAAAUUACAAGGGCCAUGGAUUUUCAAAAGGAAAAGAGCGAGAACAGAGAGCACUGAUCCGGUUCAAGACUACCCUUAUGAACACUCUGAUGGACGUCCUGCGCCACAGGCCGGGAUGGGUGGAAGUGAAAGACGAAGGGGAGUGGGACUUCUACUGGUGUGACGUCAGCUGGCUCCGGGARAACUUUGACCACACCUACAUGGACGAGCAUGUGCGGAUCUGUCACUUCCGGAACCACUAUGAGCUGACCCGCAAGAACUACAUGGUGAAGAACCUGAAGCGCUUCCGGAAGCAGCUGGAGCGCGACGCGGGGAAGCUGGAGGCGGCCAAGUGCGACUUCUUYCCCAAGACCUUCGAGAUGCCCUGCGAGUACCACCUGUUUGUGGAGGAGUUUCGCAAAAACCCGGGGAUCACCUGGAUCAUGAAGCCUGUAGCCCGGUCCCAGGGCAARGGCAUCUUCCUCUUCCGGAGACUGAAGGACAUCAUGGACUGGAGGAAGGGCACUGCCUGCAAGAAGUUCCAGGGCUUCGAGGCCCAGCCUUCCCGCUACYCCAUCAGUUCCUCUGGAAGCCAUGACCCAAGAAAUUCUGAUGACCAAAGAGAUGAGAUCCCUGUGGAGAACUACGUAGCUCAGCGUUACAUCGAAAAUCCAUACCUGAUCGGAGGUCGCAAGUUUGACCUGCGUGUCUAUGUGCUGGUGAUGUCGUUCAGUCCUGGGGGAUCUAUGGAGGGUGUCUUGUCCUUCCUGUCCACACUUGUCCUUGACCACCAACCUCUGCCAGAUGUUCACCUCACCAAUGUCGCUGUGCAAAAGACAUCUCCGGACUACCACCCAAAGAAGGGUUGCAAGUGGAUGCUGCAGCGCUUCCGGCAGUACCUGGCGUCCAGGCACGGGCCCGAGGCGGUGGAGGCGCUCUUCCGUGACAUGGACAACAUCUUCAUCAAGAGCCUGCAGAGUGUGCAGAAGGUGAUCAUCAGCGACAAGCACUGCUUCGAGCUGUACGGCUACGACAUCCUCAUCGACCAGGACCUCAAGCCGUGGCUCCUGGAGGUCAACGCAUCCCCGUCGCUCACGGCCAGCAGCCAGGAGGACUAUGAGCUCAAGACCCGACUCCUGCAGGACACACUGCACGUGGUGGACAUGGAGGCCAGGCUCACAGGAAGGGAAAAGMGGGUCGGAGGCUUUGACCUUAUGUGGAAUGAUGGCCCUGUCAGCAGAGAGGAGGGGGCUGCUGACCUGUCAGGGAUGGGAAACUCCGUGACCAACACACACCUCGGCUGCGUCAAYGAUCGGAAAAAACAGCUGAGGCAGCUGUUCCGCUCCCUCCAAGCCCAGAAGAAAGCAUCCAGCUGACCCCAGCUGCCAUGGGGAGCCAAGAGGCCCUGCAAGGUGCCACCCCAGAUUCCAGCACAGUGGUACCUCGCGGCCUUUCCCCUCCCUCUCUCCCUCCCUCCAGCUUGGCAGCAGCUUUGCUGGCUAAGCAGCCUCUGCUUGCUGCUUGGAUGGGCCCCUUGGAUCCCUACCCCCACCCUCUGGCUUCUUUGCACCAGGAGACAGCCAAUCCCUGGGACUGGAGGGGCUUUAACCUUGACAGACUGGCUUGGUGA